AGUCCUCAGUUCUCCCCUCGCUGUGAAGGAUAGUACACGUUCACUUCACCACUCACCACGCGGGAGAUGCAAAGGAACCGCAUCGAGAGAACCGCUUCAAAACAAUGGCGUGGCUCGGUGCGGCGCAUCAUCUCUGCAACUGUCUAUAACCUGUCCUGUUUCACACACGGGUGUAGCACCGGCUGGGUGUCCGGAGUCCUAGGAAACGAAGCGUUGACGGGCGGGGCGUGGCUGGCCGCCCUGCCGUGCCUGGUAGCACUACCGGCAGCUCCAUUCUUCGCCGUGCUGGCUGACGCGAGGGGAAGGAAGGCGGGCGCUUUUUGCAUUUGCAUCAGUUUUAUCUUGAGCUGGUCUUUAGCGGCGUGGUGUGGCCCGCGAGGAGUAUGGGCUGCCAGGGUUGCAGCCGGCGCAGGGGGUGCGGGCGCGCUUGCCCUCGCACCCUUGUACUGCGCGGAGAUAGCGCCACGCACGAGAGGGCUGGCUGCGAUGCCAGCACUGGCUUGCAGUUGCGGCAUCCUGUUUGCAUACGCGGCUGGUGGCAUGCUAUCAGCACACGCACUGUCCUUGUCAAUGGCAGUACCACCUUCCGCACUCCUGGUGUCGUUGAUCUGGCUGCCAGAGACACCUUCGUUUCUGAUCAGCAUCGGAAGGGUUCAGGAUGCCGCAAAGAUAAUUUGCUGGUUCGACGGCUCCGAUUUCAGGGAAGAUCUCACCGAUGUCAUAGAACAACAAGAGGUGAGGAUCAGGACCUCAGACUGCUACGGGAGUAGGCGGGAGGCGAUGCGACGUCAAGACUCUGACGCGUUCCAGCCCAUGUUGAAGCGUAGCAGCGGCUUGGAAUCUAACAGCGAUAAAAAAACCGAGCAAUCAGCUUGCAAAGAGUUAUUUAGGCAUCGCCGCUCCCGGCGAGCUCUCCUCUCAUGUGCGGUGCUCAUCUGCGCGGCAGCCGGAUCUGGUGCAGGGGCUGUCAACAGCUUCGCAGCGGCAGUACUGAGGCACUCCUCACACGCUGUGCCGCUUCUGAACAUGACAGCUUACAACUUCACGAUCAACGAUGGGUCCCUUCCUAGGCCACUAUUCGAGACCUCAGAAGCUGGUGCAAUCCUUUGUGGCGCCGCAUUGGUACUUGGAGCUACGAUAGCUACGAUUACUGUUGAUAAACUUGGAAGAAAAAUGCUCCUACUGUGGUCCUGCUCAGGGAUAACGUGCUGCCUGAUCGUUCUCGGGGUAUACUGUGAUCCUCACCUGCGCCUGCACUCCUGGUACUCGCAGCGACUGUGGCCUUACACAGACGAAGACACCCAAUCAAAGGAAUCGAUAGAAGCUUUUAAUAUUACGAGUAACGUAAAUUACACAAAGCCCUGGGAUUAUAGGAUAGGUGUGGAAAGUGAGAAUUUGACUGACAGCUUCAUGAUGAGUACGAAGGCUGCUCGGACACAUGCAGAGGAGCAAAGGAUGUGGGCCCCCGUGGCUUUGCUAUCUACAGUAUUAUUUUUGUACAACAUUGGCCUGGGUUCCGUGCCUUUUGUACUCGUCUCGGAGCUUUUUUCGAUAAAUGUCCGUAGUCUGGCAUCAAGUCUGCUCAUUUCAUGGACGUGGCUGAGCAGCUUUCUCCUUCUGAGGUACUACGGUACUAUUGCUGUCUCUCUCGGUCUCCACGGAACCUAUUACAUAUCAGCUUCCAUCACGUUUCUGGCAUCCUUGUACAUAUUCCUGGUCUUGCCCGAAACGAAAGGGAAAUCGCAAGAGCAGAUUGAAGAAAUCCUCAAUGGGCCAAUGUUGGUUUUGAGGAGCACGAAGAAGAACCAAAAUCAACGAUGACGUUUUUUAGAUAUUUUUUUGGUCUUCUAGUUGAAGUCAGGAAGGAAAAUGGCCAAAUACGUAAUUUGUAAUUUAAGCAAUCAAUUAAUUUUUCA